AUGCCCCACAGGGGAGUGGACUCUGAGGGAGCCCCAGCCCUGGCGCCGAAUGCAGGGGACGGCCUGCCAAGCUCAGUGGGGGAGCAGGUGCCGGAGUCCCACAGACAGACCUGUGCGGGGCAUCUGCCUGCCAUCAAGGCCUUCUUCAAGGAGGCCAGCCUGGUGCUGGGUGCCCGCCGCCCCGAUGAGGUGACGCAGGAGGGGCUGCACCGUGUGCUGUCCCAGCUCGCGCCAGCCGGGGGCAGCGCCUCCAGGGCAACCAACUACAGGAAAACGAACCCCGCCCUGGAGAUCCGCAGGACCAAACGGGAUUCGUUCUGGGCACAGGCCGAGAGGGAAGAGGAGCAGCGGAAGGAGGAGGAGCGCCGGCGGCUGCUGGAGGAGCGCAAGCGCUGGGAACGCGAGCGCAGGGAGGAGGAGAAGAGAGAGGCGUCUGAGCGAGAGCGCAAGUUCAAGGAGAAGGAGAGGCUGAUCGAGGAGCAGAGGAAGGAGCAGGCACGGCUGGAGGCUGAGGAGCGGAGGAAGGAGAAAGCCCGAUGGGAGCAGCAGCAGCGGGAGCACGAGGAGGCCAUGCGGGGAACCGGUUCCGGCGCAGCGAGUCCAUCGAGAAAGGCCGUGGAGGCGGCCACGCUGGUCUCCCAGCGCUCACAGAAUCCCCGGGACUUCUUCAGGCAGCGGGAACACUCCAGCUCCACUUCGGGUGCCCAGUCGCCCCUCUCGCCCCUGGGUGUCAGGCCAGGAGCACCCCACAGGCCCUACCUGCGCUACCAGCGCAGCCUGACGGAGUCUGCCUACAUCUUCCGCCGGCCAGAGCCCCCCACUUCACCGGGUGACUUCCUCCCGGCCCCCUCCAGCCCUCGCCCCACUGAAUCCAGCUCCAGCAGGGCUGCUCCUCCUGACAGUCCACGCAGACCCACACCCGUGUCCCCCACCAGCCCGCCAGGGGCCCAACCCCUGCCCCCCACCAGCCCACGCGGGACAGGGCCCCUGUCCCCGACCAGCCUGCCCAGGGCCCAACCCCUGUCCCCCACCAGCCUGCAUGGGACAGGGCCCCUGCCCCCCACCAGCCUGCGUGGGGCCCAACCCCUGCCCCUCACCAGCCCACGCAGGACAGGGCCCCUACUCCCAGCUAUUCAGCCCAGGACCAAAGAUUCAUUCCACAUCAGCCCAGAUGGAACCAUGACUCUGCCUCCCAUCAGCCUGGCUGAACCUGGGUCUCCACCCCCUGUCCCCCAUGCCAGAGCCAGGUCUCCAGCCCCUGCCAGCCCCCCACCCCCUCCCAGAGCCGGGUCUCCACCUCCUGCCCCCCUUGCCAGAGCCAGAUCUCCAUCCUCUCCCAGAGCUGGGUCUCCAUCCUCUCCCAGAGCCGCGUCUCCACCCCCUGCCAGCCCCCCACCCCCUGCUACCCCUCCCAGAGCCGGGUCUCCACCUCCUGCCCCCCUUGCCAGAGCCGGAUCUCCAUCCUCUCCCAGAGCCGGGUCUCCAUCCUCUCCCAGAGCCACGUCUCCACCCCCUGCCAGAGCCAGGUCUCCACCCCCCUGGGUCUCCACCCCCUGGCUGGGUCUCCACUUCUUCAUUCUCUACCCUCUGCCACCCCCCCGUCCCCCGUGUCUCUGA